AUGGGGGACCAACAAAUCAAACAGCCUGGCGGCGAGGUCGUAGCUCUCGCACGGUCAGAAUCGUCGCUGCCGGAGUAUGGGGAGAUGCCGCAGCACCUGAAUCUCGAGGUGAGGAGUUGGCCUGAGUCCGUGCGGCGAGCCCCUCCGCGUCCCUUCGCGCGCGCGCGCGCUCUUCGCGCUAAAGUGUUAGAGGCAGAAGCUUCCGCUGCGUACCUUUCCUUCCCAGCUCGGGCCUCUUUCCUGGUCCUCAUCAUCGGAAGCCUUCUCUCCAGUUGCUGUUCUCAGUUUGUUCCUAGAAAGCAGCGAUGUAGGUUGGAUGGCCAAGACACAAAAGGAACUAAAUGCACUAGCUCCAGUGCAGGUGACUUCAGUGACCCAGUUUACAAAGAGAUUGCUAUUACCAAUGGUUGUAUUAAUAGAAUGAGUAAGGAAGAACUCAGAGCUAAACUUUCAGAAUUCAAGCUUGAAACCAGAGGUGUAAAGGAUGUAUUAAAGAAGAGGCUGAAGAACUAUUGUAAGAAACAGAAGCUGAUGUUGAAAGAGGACAGUUGUGCCAGCAGUUACUAUGACUACAUUUGUAUUAUUGACUUUGAAGCAACUUGUGAAGAGGGUAACCCACCUGAGUUCAUACAUGAAAUAAUUGAAUUUCCUGUUGUCUUACUGAAUACUCAUACCUUAGAAAUAGAAGAUACAUUUCAGCAGUAUGUGAGACCAGAGGUUAACACCCAACUUUCUGAUUUCUGCAUCAGUCUUACUGGAAUUACUCAGGAUCAGGUGGAUAGCGCAGAUACCUUCCCUCAGGUACUGAAAAAAGUAAUUGACUGGAUGAAAUUGAAGGAAUUAGGAACAAAGUAUAAAUAUUCAAUAUUAACAGAUGGUUCCUGGGAUAUGAGUAAAUUCCUAAACAUUCAGUGCCAGCUCAGCAGGCUCAAAUAUCCUCUGUUUGCUAAAAAGUGGAUCAAUAUCCGAAAGUCAUAUGGAAACUUUUACAAGGUUCCUAGAAGCCAAACAAAACUGACAAUAAUGCUUGAAAAACUAGGAAUGAAUUAUGACGGGCGGCCUCACAGUGGACUUGAUGACUCUAAGAACAUUGCUCGGAUUGCAGUUCGAAUGCUUCAGGAUGGCUGUGAACUCAGAGUCAAUGAGAAAAUGCAUGCAGGACAGCUAAUGAGCAUGCCCUCUUCUUUACCUAUAGAGGGCACUCCAGCUCCACAAAUGCCACAUUUUAGAAAAUAACAGUUUUUGUGAGUCAUUCAUUUUAACUGGAGUUGCUACAAGGGUAGUAGCAGAUGAAUACUGAUUGGAUUAGCCAUACAGUGCAAAUUCAAGCACCUUAAACAUUUAAAAUUUUAUUAUAGUUAUACAUGUAGCUACAUAUAUAUGUAUAUGUAUGUGAGCAGAUUUUGUGGGGAGAACGUAUUGAAUUCUUUGUCACCAGCACUUUUGAUAUGAGCAGUAUUUGUUGCAAAGUAACAGUUCCUGCUUAGAAAUGAAUUUUAUAAUUUGCGAUGUCCAGGAUGUAUUCCUUUUGGUUUUAAAAUACUAAGUUUAAUGGGCUUCCCCUUGAAUGUUGCCUUUUACUGAUUUAAAAAUAUAUAAUGCAUUUCUACAUUGAUAUCAUGAGAU